AUGCCCUGCCAGGACCUUUUGAAAUGUAUACACUACUUCGCAAGCACCUACUACAGCGAAAUGGGCCAACUGCGUGACUCAUCUAAAGAAUAUCGUCGAGAGAAGAAGCUGAGACGACUGAAGAAGUUGGAAAGGCUUGCCGCACGCACAGCAGCCAGAUUGAGACCGGGCUUGCAGCAGAAUCACGAUGCACAGGACGAAGACAACGAGGCGGGUUCGUCUAAAGACGACAUCUCGGAUACGGACGAGGAAAGUAGUGUUGGAAAAGUGAAGAAAGUUUCUAAGAGGCGUCAAGCGAAGCCUCUAGUGGGCACAGACAUGUACAAAAUCUUCGAUGGGUCAGCAUUGAUGACAAUAGGUGAAGUCCAAUGGACUCUAUGUAGCCUCGCGUGCUGA